UAUGGCAGCGUCCUGAGCCCUGUUGGGGGGAAUACGGCGUAACUGAGCACCUUCAGCACCAAAGUGGGAAAACUGAGAAGCACCACCCGCACUCGGAGGAGGGUGGGGGGCUGAGGGACGGCUUCGACAAUUACCCGUUAGCGAAUUUACAGGUCCCGUGAAAAGAUGAAUGUCGUCAAAGAAAAUAAAGACAUGGCCUGCUUCUACACCACCAAACACUCCUGGAGGGGAAAGUACAAGCGAGUCUUCUCAGUGGGGACGCAUGGCAUUACCACUUACAACCCGGCCACGCUAGAAGUAACAAAUCAGUGGCCUUACGGGGACAUCUGUGGCAUCGGCCCUGUAGGGAAAGGCCAGGGAACAGAGUUCAACCUUACAUUCCGCAAAGGCAGCGGCAAGAAGUCUGAAACGCUCAAGUUCUCAACGGAGCACCGGACAGAGCUGCUCACAGAAGCUCUGAGAUUCAGAACAGAGUUUUCAGAGGGAAAAAUAACUGGCAGGCGCUACAACUGCUACAAGCACCACUGGAGUGACACACGGAAGGCAGUAAGUUUAGAGGUGACACCGGGGGGCAUCGACCAGAUCGACCCGCAAACCAAUCGGGUGCUGUGUUCCUACGACUAUCGUAAUGUGGAGGGCUUCGUGGAGCUCUCUGACUACCAGGGGGGGUUCUGCAUCAUUUAUGGAGGCUUCAGCAGGCUGCAUCUUUUUGCCUCCGAGCAACGGGAUGACAUCAUCCGCUGCGCCAUCGAGCAUGCUGGGAACUUCAUUGGAAUGACCCUACGACUGAGGAAGGAGGCGUUGACGUUCGAGGACUUUGUGACGGACAGGUUGGGGAAGUACAGCUCGGACGAGAGCAUCACUUCACUGGCCGAGUUCGUGGUGCAGAAGAUCACCUCUCGACACCGGGAGCCUGUUAAGCGCAUCCUGGCCCUGACAGAGACUUGUCUAGUGGAGAGAGACCCGGCUUCCUACAACAUAGUCACCAUCAAACCCUUUGGAGAGGUGUUUGCUCUCAUCUGUGACGUAGACAACCCUCAGGUGUUUACAGUGGAAUUCAUCCGAGGUCAGAUCAGAAAGUUUUCCUCCACAGAAAGGGACUCCCUCUUAGCCAGCCUGCUUGAUGGAGUCCGCGCAUCAGGCAACCGGGACGUGUGCGUCAAGAUGGCCCCCACGCAGCGAGGGCAGAGAUGGGGCCUACUGAGCAUGCCCGUGGACGAGGAGGUGGAGAGUUUGCAUCUCAAAUUCCUGGCAGCACCUCCUAAUGGGAUCUUUGCAGAUGCAGUGUAUAGAUUCAACGCCAACAUAUCCUACAGUGGAGUGCUGCAUGCAGUAACCCAAGAUGGUCUUUUCUCUGAAAACAAAGAGAAGCUCAUCAGCAACGCUAUCCUGGCUCUUUUAUCCCAGGAGAUGGAGCUGCCCACGGUGAACGCCGAGCUGGAGAGCCAAUUCCAGGCCAUCCGCCGCCUGGUGGCCUCCAAGGCCGGCUUCCAGGCCUUCACCCAGCUUCCCAAGUCUGGUCAAGGGUCUGGAGUCACAGAUGCAACGUUCAGAGAAAAAUUGGGAGUAAAAACAGUAAAAGCUUUAAAAAGGAACAACAACGGUGUGACACAUGCUGCUGUAGACAUGCUCUGUGCCCUCAUGUGUCCGAUGCACGAUGACUAUGACCUGAGGCAGGAGCAGCUGAACAAAGCCUCUCUGCUGUCCUCCAAGAAGUUCCUGGAGAACCUUCUGGAAAAGUUCAUCACUAAUGUGGACCAUGGAACAGGAGCUCUGGUCAUCAGCUCCUUACUGGACUUCUUAACAUUUGCCCUGUGCGCCCCCUACAGCGAGACCACCGAGGGGCAGCAGUUCGACAUGCUGCUGGAGAUGGUUGCCUCCGAUGGACGCACGUUGUUCAAACUAUUCCAGCAUCCCUCUAUGGCGAUAGUGAAGGGAGCAGGCCUGGUGAUGAAGGCCAUUAUUGAGGAAGGAGACAAGGAAAUAGCCAGCAAGAUGCAGGACCUGGCUCUGAGUGAAGGGGCUCUUCCAAGGCAUCUGCACAAUUCUCUGUUCACUAUCAGCGCUGACCAGCGGAUGCUUACAAACAGGCAGUUGAGUCGUCACCUGGUGGGACUUUGGACGGCAGAAAACUCUGUUGCCAUGAACCUGCUUAAAAGAAUACUGCCAACAGGCCUGCUUGCUUACCUCGACAGUCCUGACCCCGUCCCAGAAAAAGAUAUGGACAGGAUGCACAUCCGGGAUAACUUGAAAAUUGCCACGGACCAGCUAAAUCGAAACAAGGUGCCCGACUGGCAGCGGUUAGCCGGCAAAGCAGCCAAAGAGGUGGAGAAGUUUGCCAAGGAGAAAGCUGACAUAGUGUUUAUGCACUGGAGAGAUAAGAUGGGCAUCGCUCAGAAGGAGCAGGACAGAAAUAACCUGAACCCAAACCAAAAGCCUGUCAUCCUGAGGAAGAGACGCCAGAGGAUAAAGAUUGAAGUCAACUGGGAGCUUUUCUACUACAGAUUCCAGCACGACCACGCACGGUCUAACCUCAUCUGGAACCUGAGGACGAGAGAGGAGCUGCGGGACGCUCUGGAGGGGGAGAUGCGCUCCUUCAGUGUGGACCGUGAGCUCGGCAGUGCCACCGUCAUCUCCUGGAACCACCAGGAGUUUGAGGUGAAAUACGAGUGCCUUUCAGAUGAGAUAAAGAUCGGGGAUUAUUACCUGCGUCUGCUGCUUGAGGAGGAUGAAAAUGACGAAUCAAAUGCCAUCAAGAGAUCAUACGAGUUCUUCAAUGAACUCUACCACCGCUUUCUGCUCACACCCAAAGUAUCCAUGAAGUGCCUGUGCCUGCAGGCGCUCGCUAUAGUCUACGCAAAGUGCUUUGAGGAAAUCGGCCCCUUCACAGACACUAAAUACAUUGUGGGCAUGCUGGAUCGAUGCACAGACAAACUGGAAAGAGACAGAAUCAUCAUCUUCCUCAACAAACUCAUUCUGAACAAGAAAAAUGUGAAGGAGGUGAUGGACUCAAAUGGAGUGCGUAUAUUGGUGGAUCUGCUCACCAUGGCUCAUCUGCAUACCAGCAGAGCUACUGUACCCCUCCAGAGCAACGUUCUGGAGGCAUCACCAGACAUGAAGAGGGAGAGUGAGAAAGAGUGGUACUUUGGGAACGCAGACAAAGAAAGAAGGGGACCAUUCAGUUUUGAGGAGAUGCAGGAGUUCUGGAGCACAGGAGUCCUGACAGCGAAGACACGCUGCUGGGCUCAGGGGAUGGACGGCUGGCGCCCCCUGCAGGCCAUCCCACAGCUAAAGUGGUGCCUCCUGGCCACCGGACAGGCGGUGAUGAACGAGUCCGACCUGGCUACCCUUAUCCUUAACAUGCUCAUCACCAUGUGUUCGUACUACCCCAGCAGGGACCAAGAUAAUGCCAUUAUCCGACCUUUGCCUAAGAUCAAGAGGAUGAUCAGUGACAAUGCUUGCCUCCCUCACAUUGUUCAGCUGCUCCUGACCUUUGACCCAAUCCUGGUGGAAAAGGUGGCUAACGUUCUGUACCUGGUGAUGCAGGACAACCCCAAUCUGCAGCGCCUCUAUCUUACUGGGAUCUUCUUCUUCAUCAUGAUGUACACAGGCUCCAACGUGCUUCCUGUAGCAAGGUUCCUGAAGUACACUCAUCUGAAACAAGCCUUCAAAUCAGAGGAGUCUAAGGGUACGGACAUAGUCCAACGUAGUGUUCUGGGCCCGGUGCUGCCCGAGGCCAUGGUGUGUUAUCUGGAGAACUACGAGGCGGAGCGCUUCUCAGAGAUAUUCCUUGGAGAGUUUGAUACCCCUGAAGCCAUCUGGAGCAGCGAGAUGAGACGGUUGAUGAUUGAAAAGAUAGCUGGACACAUAGCUGACUUCAGCCCCAGGCUGCAGAGCAACACGCGGGCUCUCUACCAGUACUGCCCCAUCCCAGUGGUCAACUUCCCUCAGCUGGACAACGAGCUCUUCUGCAACAUCUACUACCUCAGGCAUCUGUGUGACACUAUCCGCUUCCCCAACUGGCCCAUUCGAGAUGCGGUGAAGCUGCUAAAAGACACUCUUGAAGCCUGGAAGAGGGAGGUGGAGAAAAAGCCUCCCUCUAUGUCUGUAGAUGAUGCAUUUGAAGUCCUCAACCUCCCCAAAGGACAGGGACCGCACGAGGAGAGUAAAAUCAGGAAAGCUUACUUCAGGCUGGCGCAGAAGUACCAUCCAGACAAGAACCCCGAGGGCAGAGACAUGUUUGAGAAAGUCAACAAAGCCUACGAGUUCCUUUGCACAAAGUCUGCCCGAAUCCUGGACGGCCCCGACCCAGAAAACAUCAUCCUCAUCCUCAAAGCUCAGAGCAUCCUGUUCAACCGGCACAAACAAGAGCUGGAACCUUACAAAUACGCGGGUUACCCCAUGCUCAUCAAAACAAUUACCAUGGAAACAGAGGAUGAGCAACUCUUCUCCAAAACCUCCCCUCUCCUCCCGGCUGCUGCUGAACUGGCCUUCCACACCGUCAACUGCUCGGCUCUGAAUGCAGAGGAGCUGCGCCGAGACAGCGGCAUAGAGGUGUUGCUGGAGGCUCUCUCUCGAUGUGUUGGUGUAUUGACAGCAUCCAGCAAGCAUGAUGACAUGGCUGUUCUGGUGUGCGGGCACAUCUGCAAGUGCUACAGUGUAGCAGCCCAGUUUGAGGAAUGCAGGGAAAAGAUUGUGGAAAUGCCAAAUAUCAUCAGGGACCUCUGUCACAUCUUGUUCUAUGGAAAGGGUCUCCCAAAAACCGCCGCCCUGGCUGUGCAGUGCGUGAGCUCCUUCGCUGUGGAUUACUUCCUGCAGACACACCUGUACCAUGCCGGCGUGCUCUGGCACCUGCUGGUCCGCCUCUUCAACUACGACUACACCCUGGAGGAGAGCGGCGUGCAGACCAGCCAGGACUCAAACCAGCAGGAGGUCGCUAACAGCCUGGCCAAGCUCAGCAUGGUGGCCCUCAGCCGUCUGGGAGGCUACGCCCAGCCCCCCCCCACCACUGACGGGGACAAUCCUGUUUCAGAGACUAAUGGCAUCGAGGGAACCCCUCCGGAGAACCCCACCAUCCGCAAGAGCUUAGCAGCCAUGCUGUCACCGUACAUCUCAAGGAAGCUGGGAACAGGAUCUCCUGCUGAGGUCUUGAAGCUGCUGAAUAGCAACUCAGAGAACCCGUAUCUGAUCUGGAACAACGGAACACGAGCCGAGCUGCUGGAGUUCCUGGAGAUUCAACAGGAGGGAAACAUCAAGAGGGGAGAGAAUGAUAAAAGCUUUGGAGCAGAGUUUCUGUUCACUGAUCACAGCAAGGAGCUGAUAGUCGGGGAGAUAUUUGUCCGGGUCUACAAUGAGCAACCAACUUAUCCUCUUGAGUUCCCUAAAGUAUUUGCUGCCAGUCUUCUGGACUACGUGGGCUCUCAGGCUCAGUACCUCCACACUCUGCUGGCCAUGAGUCAGAGUAACAAGGUAGAGUCGCAGCAGCAUGCUGAGAGGCUGCGUUUCGCUGAGAUGUCUUUAGAGGCUCUCCGCAAUGUCAUCAAGAACAACCCAGGUUCGGAGUCAGAGUGCAUCGGCCAUUUCAAACUGCUCUUCUCUUUGUUGCGGGUUCACGGAGCGGGCAGAGUACAGCAGCUCGUUUUGGAGGUUGUGAAUACAGUCACGUCAAACCAAGAAUGCGUGAGCAACAUUGCUGAGUCGCUGGUGUUGUCCAACCUUUUGUUGCUGCUGCACUCACUCCCCUCCAGCAGGCAAAUGGUGCUGGAAACCCUGUAUGCACUGACUUCCAACACAAAAAUAGUCAAAGAGGCUAUGGCCAAAGGUGCUCUGAUCUACUUGCUUGACCUCUUCUGUAACUGCACACAUCCGCAAGUACGCACACAGACUGCAGAGCUCUUCUCCAAGAUGACUUCAGAUAAGCUAGUGGGGCCAAAGGUGCGUCUGACGCUGAUCCGUUUCCUUCCCGGUGUGUUCAUGGACGCCAUGCGAGACAACGCCGAGGCAGCAGUGCACAUAUUCGAGGGAACGCACGAGAACCCUGAGCUCAUCUGGAAUGACAACUCAAGGGAGAAAGUGUCGACAACUGUCCGGGAGAUGAUGCUUGACCACUUUAAACAGCAGAAGGAUAAUCCUGACGUUAACUGGAAAUUGCCUGAGGACUUCACAGUGGCUUAUGGAGCAGGGCAGGGCGAGCUAGAAGUUGGUGGAGUCUUCCUGCGCAUCUUUAUUGCUCAGCCCGGCUGGGUGCUGCGCAAGCCUCGAGAGUUCCUGGUGUCCCUCCUGGAGACCCUGACUGAGCUGCUGGAGAAAAACAACCCCAAUGGUGAGGCCCUGGAGACAGUUACCAUGGCAGCAGUGUGUCUGUUCAGCGCGCAGAGCCAGCUGGCUGACCAGGUUCCUCCUCUGGGACACCUGCCUCGCGUCCUGGCAUCACUGAGCCACAAGAACAACGCCGUGCCCAAGAGCUCCAUCCGCCUCAUACAUGCUCUAUCAGACAAUGAGAACCUGAUAAGGAGAAUGUUUUAUGACAAAGUCAAGUCGUUAUUUAAGAACCCUACAACGCACACGUUAGUGAGAGAACUCCAGAUACGGUGUCGUAGAAGUAUAUAUAACCGCAACUCCCAGUCCUGA